GUCCGAGAUAUUUUUUUUUUUUAAUGCGUUUGUUUUUUCUUAAAUUUUCUAUAUUCAUUUUCAAAAUUUUAGUCUAACCAUAUUGAUGUCAAUGUAAUGAACUAUGUUUUAUAUCAAUUAGAAAACAUAACAUAUAAUGAUUAAAUUAAAUCGAUAGCUUUAUAUAAAGAAAACGAAGAUAGAAACAGAUAUUUUAGUAUGCAAACUGCAACAGUAGAAAAAAGGCGAACUAGAUAUCAGAAAAAAGCUAACCAUGAAGAAAAGCAGAAAUAUAAGAAUAAAAUUAUUAGUAAAGCUGAUAAAAAGAUCGAACUCGAUAAGAGAAAAGUGGAAGCCCCGAAAAAACCUAGAAAGGUAUUUGAAGAUGUAGAAAUAGCAUUUAUCUCUGCUAUAGAUCCUUAUGACGCUCCUUUGCAAUGGUGGGAAACAGAACACGUAAGAUAUGCAAUAAAUUAUCCACCGGUAAAAUCCCGAUUAGAAAAAGUGAUGGGAACUCAUAUCGUACGACUAACCGAUCGCAAAUACAUGUUGCUCCUUAUGUCCAAGCUCUUACAGGAUCAUAUGGAGCAACAAGAAACGCGUAUCGAGAAGAGAAAGCUGCCAUUACCAUCGAAUAUAUCUCGCUUAUUGAAAAUAUCUUAUAAAAUGCUUUCCGAAAAGAUACACGAUCCUAGAUAUCUUAAAUUAAAACUUUAUGUGUGAAAAAUUGUAAUUAUCAUGUAUUUAAAAUUAAAUUAAAAUUGUAAAAUUGUAUAUAAUAUAGAAGAUAAUAAAAUAUUGAAAGUACUAAAUAUUGUGCCACCAUA